GCAUCCCCCGGUUGGUUCGGUUCGUCACGCUACAUAUCUUUCCCCAUCCCAGAUUUCCCAGGCGCUAGUCUGACGAACGACGGGUCGCCAUGUCGAACCCGAACCAACUAUACCUCCUGGCCGACCAUAUCAAGCUCUCCCUGCUGGAACGGCAGCGAGCGCAGAGCCUCAAUCUCGAUGGCGACUCAAAGGACGGGCAUAUAUCCAGAUCUUUAGAUCAGUUCAAAGAUGGAUUAGAAGCGCUAGAAAAGGAGCAGAAAAGGCUCGAGGAAGCCGGCGAUGAAGAUGGCUUCCUCACCAUCUCCGACGCCCUUCCCAGCCUACAGAAGCAAUACGACGACUUGACAUCCCAAUUCCACGGGUUCUCCUCUCCAUCCAGUGAAUCCACCCUCACACAUCCGAACGACCCGGCCCUGAGCUCGGACUUCGAGCACGCCACCACGUCCCCCCGCAACAGCACAUCCAACCCUCCCCAAGCCUCCUCAUCCUCGAAUCUCCGGCCCAAAGGCACCCGCACCGCCUCCAAAACCGUGCGCUUCACCGACAACCCCGCGAGUCCCUCCGCGACCACAGACCCGGACCUAGAGGCGCAACUAUUCGGGGCAAGCCGGUAUCGGGACAACCCGGGAGAUGACAGCCUGGGGUACCGGGACGAGGCGGCGGGGAUGGACAACGUGCAGAUCCACGCGUACCACCAGCGGAUUUUAGACCAGCAGGACGAGCAGUUGGACGCGUUGGGAGCUAGUAUCGCGCGCCAACGCGAGCUCAGCAUGCAGAUCGGCGACGAGCUGGACGAGCAUGUGGCCAUGCUGGAUGAUGUCGAUAGCGCGGUGGACAGGCACCAGGGGCGGCUAGAUCGCGCAAAGCGCCAGGUCGGCAAGAUUACGAGGGCGGCGGGAGAUAGUAAGCAGAUGAUUGCUAUAAUCAUCUUGAUUAUUGUGUUGGUGUUGCUUAUUGCGAUUUUGAAAUAAAGGGAGAAGAAAAAGAGCACGAGAGGGGGGGUGUAGCUAGGCACUUAAGGGGGGAUUAGAAAAGAGGCGGGAUGUGGUAAUUGCGCUGGACAGGGCUGGAUUGGACUGGCAUACUCGAGUCCUCGUUGCAUUUUGCAUGGCGUCGGCAUGGCGUUUAACAGGGAGACUUACAUUGAUUAUAUAUAUCAUUGUUUAUAUUAUACUUAUACGUGGACGGGCACCACGGACUUAUACAUCGUUUAUUUUUCUUUGGAUAUUUGAUAUAAAUCGACUUGUGGACUAUAUACGGUCCUAGAUUUCUACAGCCAAGUUCACUUUCUUGAAGAGCAAU